GGGGAUUUCAAAACACGCCCCAACGCCAAAAAUCGCGACCACCUGUUCGCGAUUUCCGAGCCAACUACCGAGUACAAACACUGCUACCACCAAUCCUAUGUCCGAUGUCAAUAUGGGGGAAGCCCCGGGAACCCACGAGACCCCGACCGCUUCCCCCCGGGAGCCCACCACCCCGAAGUGACCGCCCAAACGACCCAGACCAGAGACACCGGGAAAAGCUAUACAGGCCCCUCCUACGCCCAAGAACUGGCAGCUCGACUGGGAUACGCCCCCUGCAUCCCCAUCCUACAAAGCCCCCCAAAGCCAAUUAGGCUUGGAGCUCCAAAGCCAUAUCACAGUGGCAGUGGCUUCACGCACAGCACAAGUAAAGACUACAGGAGAUGAGGAGCUGCCUCCUUGGGCAAGGAUAUUAGGACCCUGGUCCUCAACUUCAGCAGGAACCUGGCAACAGGUAACCCCACCA